CUGCCACAUAAACACUCAAGAAGAGGUCGCCGUGGGCAACACUGACUGCAGCAAACAAUCAGCUAAGCUACUACAACAUCUGCGCUGCUAAGCUUAACUGACCGAAAGGCAAGAAUAAAAAAAUGGCAACAGCUCAAUCUCCUCUGGAUCCAGAUGUAAUGAGAGAGGUUCUUGAAUGCCCCAUCUGCUUGGAAACCUACAACCAGGAUCAAAUGAGACCUAAACUCCUGCACUGUGGUCACACAGUGUGUCGGCAAUGUCUGGAGAAGCUACUGGCGAACACCAUCAAUGGAGUGCGCUGUCCGUUCUGCAGCAGGGUCUCUCGAAUGAGCAGCAUCUCUCAGUUGGCUGACAAUAUCACUGUGCUGAAGAUCCUAGAUUGUGCAACAUCCGGCAGUGCUGCUGCUGCUGCCUUCAUGUGCAACUCCUGCUACAGCCGCCUAGCACGUCAGUACUGCCAUGACUGCGCCAUAUUCCUCUGUGAGCUCUGUAAAGUAGAGGGUCACCUGAAUCAAGGUCAUUCAGUUCAGCCAAUCAGGGUGGCUGCAGAGCAGCGGCGUAAGGAACUCGACAGAAAACUAACAGCUCUGCGAGGGAUUAUAGGCCAAAUUCAGAAGAAGAAGGCCGUUAUUGACAAUAUUUCCAAAUCUUUGAGACAGAAGUGUCACGCAGUGCAGCAGAACUAUGCUGCAGCAGAACUACGUCUUCAAGAGGAGCUCACCAAGUCAAGAAGAACAUUCAUGGCUGCCAUGGCAGAAGUAGAAAAGCUAAAUGAGCAUGUCCUGGAGGAGCAGGCCUAUCUUCUGAACAUUGCAGAGGUAAAGGUUGUGUCACGCUGUGAUUACCUGACAGUGCGUGUCAGGCAGAGUGACAUGGACUUGCUGAAGGAUGAUGGUAGCAAUGACAAUGAAGAGGAGCUGGACCUUGGGAACAACUUCCCCGCCGUGUUUACCCUUCAAGAACCAGUGCUAGAAAAGACAGUCCACUCUAAAUCUGUAGAAAUAGGCCAGUUGACCACAAAAGUGUAUACUGUCAACACAGACAGCGAGGAAGGCAGGCUGGAGAAUGCAUUUGAGGGUGUUCUAGAUGGAGUAACCGUAGCCAAAGGGGUGACAGGUGAUGAAAUAGGCACUCAGGAGGAUCUUUACAGAGAUAUUGAUAUGGCUACAAUUGUGGAAGAAGCAGGUUCUGACUCAUUGGCUAGCUUUAAGUCAAAGUCAAUGGAUACAGGAGGGGAGUCACCUGGUGGCGCUGGGGCAAAUGCAGGGCCUUCAGUCUGCCAGUUUGUGAAAACAAUGGGCUGUAAGGGAAAUGUACCCGGCAUGUUUAAUUUGCCAGUUAGCAUCUGUGUAACACUGCAGGGUGAGGUUCUAGUGGCUGACCGUGGUAACUACCGUGUUCAGAUCUUUAAUCGCAAAGGUUUUCAGCGUGAGAUUCGCCGCAAUGCUAGCAGCAUUGACAACUUUGUCCUGAGCUUUCUUGGUGCUGACCUGCCUAACCUCAUCCCCUUAUGUAUUGCUGUCACCCCUCAGGGAUUGAUCGGGCUCACGGACAAUUACGAUAACUCAGUUAAAAUCUACACCAUGGAAGGACACUGCAUUGCCUGCCACAAGAACCAGCUGAUCAAACCUUGGGGUAUUGCUGCCUUGCCAUCUGGCCAGUUUGUGGUGUCAGAUGUGGAAGGUGGCAAACUGUGGUGUGUGGCUGUGGACCGCAAUGUGGGAGUAGUCAGCUACAACAGAUUGUGCUCUGCAGUGCGACCAAAGUUUGUGGCAUGCGAUACAGCUGGAACGGUCUAUUUUACCCAGGGCCUGGCUCUGAACUUUGAAAAACAGCACAACGAGCCCCACCUGGAAGGUGGUUUCUCCAUUGGUUCAGUGGGCACUGAUGGGCAACUUCGCAAGCAGCUCAGCCAUUUCUUCUCAGAGACAGAGGACUUCCGCUGCAUCACAGGCAUGUGUGUGGACGCCAAUGGGGAUUUAUUGGUAACAGACAGUGGUAGGAAAGAAAUUCUCCAGUUUCCCAGAGAAGGAGGAUUCAAAAUUCUCAUCCAGGAAGGGCUAACCUCCCCUGUGGGAGUUGCUAUCACUCCAAAAGGGCAACUGCUCGUGCUGGACUGUUGGGACCACUGUAUCAAAGUGUACACAUAUGUUCAGAGGAGGAGCUCUUCCAUCUCCUAGAGGAAAAACGCAGUCUAACUGCACAGGACUUUGAUUACGGGAGGUUUACUAGUUAUGUGUUCGAAAAUAUGGAUGCUGGAAAAUGUUAAAUUGUUGGUUUUAUAACUUAAAUAUUUGAUGUUUGUAUGACUUUAAAGUCUGGUUGUGACUACGAAUGAAAAGCAUGAAUCAACUAUUCGGGUAAUUUGAGUCCACGGAUAAUACAGACAAAUUCACAAAGUCAAACUUGGGUCGUGAAACUUCCUAUGAUUUUAAUAAAAAAAACAAACAAACAAAAAAAAAACAACAGAACGUGAACAUGUUUUCAACUUCACAGUAGAAUGCAUGACUUUAACACUUUGAAUUACAUGGAAACCAUGUUUUUCUUUUUCUAUUAGCAGAUGCAAGAUAUUUAUUCAAAGCCUUUCUUGAAAACCAUUGUUCCAGUCAGGGGGCAUUGUAAAUUAACCUCACUGGAAAUGUCUACAUUAAAUUGCAAAUUGGAGCUAUAAAUUAUACUUUACUGCUCAAACACUUAUUUGAAACUGAUUAGUCUAUUAAGGAUUUGCCCUUAAAUUGCAGGAAAAUCAUGUUAUUUCAAUUACCCAAAUAGCUGAGUAUUACAGCUCGUCAUAGUAGACUAUUUUGACUAGUCAUCGCAACUCUACUUCAGAGGUUAAAGGAUUUUAGUUGUGAGUCUGCACUGAAGUUAUUUUUGGAUCAGCGGAUCGUUGGUGUAUUGUACCACUAAUGUGCAGGCAAAGUACGUACAGGGAUUUGUCCUUCCUUAUUAGCUGUUAUAUCCAUUAUGCAUUUUGCUCACAAAAAUGCCAGUAAGAAAAGCUUAAAAUAAACCUGUAUUUACAUGUAGAAUAAAGU